AAGACCACCCCUCUCACUCUCACGCUUUUUCUCCCUCUUAACACCUAACCCAUCAACCCUUUGCCCAGACUGGCGCUUUCCAACUGCCCCUUUGCCCCUUCCUCUCCUUCCCCAGCCGGCUGUGGCCUAGAGGUGGAGCUCUCGCCUCACAAUCGGGAGGUGGUGAGUUCGAUCCUAGGUUGGGCGAUGGCCACCAUGCUGUACCCCCGGGAGGAGAAGCUGGAGAAGAUGAGCCAGGACGAGAUCGUGCUGGGCACCAAGGCCGUGGUGCAAGGGUUAGAGACCCUGCGCAGCGAGCACCACUCCCUGCUGGCCGCUUUGCUGGACACCGUCAGCCGCCUGGAGCAGCAGCCGCAACAGCAGCUUGAAAACAGCGCCGCCCAGGAGAAGGCCCUGCUCCUGAGGAAGUCCCUGGAGGCCAUCGAGCUGGGCCUCGGAGAAGCCCAGGUGAUCAUCGCCCUCUCCAGCCACCUGAGCGCCGUGGAAUCGGAGAAGCAGAAACUCCGGGCUCAGGUACGGCGCUUAGUGCAGGAAAAUCAGUGGCUCCGGGACGAGCUGGCCGCCACCCAGCACAAGCUGCAGCGGAGCGAGCAGUCGGUGGCGCAGCUGGAGGAGGAGAAGAAGCACCUGGAAUUCAUGAACCAGAUUAAGAAAUUCGACGAGGACGUCUCCCCUUCGGAUGAGAAAAACGGCGAGGCGGCCAAAGAUACCUUGGACGAUCUAUUUCCUAACGAUGAUGACCAGGGCCAAGGACCAACUCACCACAGCGGAGAGUCGGCAGCCCAGCAAGGCGGCUACGAGAUCCCGGCCCGUCUACGGACCUUGCACAAUCUGGUGAUCCAGUACGCUUCCCAGGGGCGCUACGAAGUGGCCGUCCCGCUCUGCAAGCAGGCUCUGGAGGAUCUGGAGAAAACCUCGGGCCACGAUCACCCCGAUGUGGCAACAAUGCUGAAUAUUCUCGCUCUGGUGUACAGAGACCAAAAUAAAUACAAGGAAGCCGCCCACCUACUCAACGAUGCUUUGGCUAUCCGGGAAAAGACCCUGGGAAAAGACCAUCCGGCUGUGGCUGCCACACUUAACAACCUGGCCGUGUUGUACGGGAAACGAGGAAAAUAUAAAGAAGCCGAACCUUUGUGCAAGAGGGCCCUGGAAAUUCGCGAAAAGGUGCUCGGAAAGUACCAUCCCGACGUAGCCAAGCAGCUGAACAAUCUGGCGCUCCUUUGCCAAAACCAGGGAAAGUACGAGGAAGUCCAGUACUAUUACCAGCGGGCCCUGGAGAUCUACGAAUCGCGCCUGGGCCCCGACAAUCCAAACGUAGCCAAGACGAAGAACAACCUGGCCUCUUCUUACAUCAAGCAAGGUAAAUACAAGGAAGCCGAGACGCUCUACAAGGAGAUCCUGACCCAGGCGCACGAGAGGGAAUUCGGAUCGGUCAACGGUGACAAUAAGCCCAUAUGGAUGCACGCCGAGGAGCGAGAAGAAUGUAAGGAUAAAUACCGAGAAAACAGUGCCCCUUACAGAGAAUACGGCAGCUGGUAUAAAGCCUGUAAGGUAGACAGCCUGACCGUCAACGCCACCCUAAAAAGUUUGGGCUCUCUGUAUCGUCGCCAGGGCAAAGUGGAAGCGGCCGAGACGCUGGAAGCAUGCGCCCAGAAAUCACGGAAACAGGGCAUGGAUGCUUUCAACCAGAGCAAAAUCGUGGAGCUUCUAAAGGACGGGAACCAUGCCGAACAGCGACCGAACCGCGAUGGGGCUCCCGGCACCAGGAAGUCCGAGAACGAGAACGAAUCGGAAGAAGGAGUAGCCGAAUGGUCUGGGGUGGGCUCCGGAGCUCUGCGCCGCAGCGGCUCGUUCGGGAAACUGCGCGACGCUUUGCGGCGGAGCAGCGAGAUGCUGGUUAAGAAACUUCAAGGGAGCAGCCCCCAAGAACCGAGGAAUCCCGGGAUUAAAAGGGCCAGUUCGCUCAACUUCCUGAACAAAAGCAUAGAAGAAGAUCCCAGCCAGGGCUCCGGCAACCUCUGCGACAGCCGAGGGUUAAGUGCCAGCAACGUCGACCUGCCACGACGAAGGUCCCUGAUGGCAUGAUGUCCCCCGUGGCUCGGUCUGGGUUGGAGGGCGGGGUGGAAGGAGGCCCGGAAAUCCGGACCACAUCAGAGCUGCUUCGAGCUUCUGCCUGGAACCUCAUCCGCUCCGCGAAUUCCCCAUCCUGCUGGCAUAGAGCUCCCGCCAUUGCAGCUCCGAGGCAGAGCGGUAUCUCACUUUUCCCUUCGCGGGCACCCCCACAAGCACGCCAUUGCCCCCCCCACAUCCAAGGUCUUCCUCUUCCCCCUCCCACCCCCAGCAUGUUGCCACCGCGGCGCUCAUCCUCGGCUCUGGCUACCAAGUGCCACCUUUCGACCACCCGCCUCUAAAUCCCAGAUUAAGGCAGGAUGCCUCGAUACGUUGGCACAACCCACCGUCAACUGCAUCUUGUUGGGGGGGGGACCGAAGGACCCCCCAAAGCUGCAUGAUUUGUCAAGGCCUCUUCCCGGGAAUGUGGUGGGAAAGGAGCGAUCGAGUGCGGAAAAAAAUAAUAAUAUAAUUUCUCAGGGUUCCAGUGGACGUCUUUUUGCGCCCAUUUCUUGCAAAGAACGGGGUGCAAAACGAUCUCGACUAGCUAGGCCAGGUUUUUUUUUGAACCCACCUGAAUUGGUUCUUCUGCAAAGAAAGAAUAAAUACGCUUAGAGACCCUCGAACGGCUCGCUUCCCACCGUUUUAGUGAUUGAGUGGAUCCUUUCUGUUCAGGAUCUGUUGCGCCCGGCCUCAGGGACAGAGAGAUCCCAUCCAGCCCACCCUCUUCUCUCUCGAAAUCCCUUCCCUCUUCUUCUCAAUCUGCACUGGAUUUAUUUAUUUUUACUUUUAUUUUUUGGGAUUUGCCUGGAUUACGAUAUAUAUAUCGCUCCGGCGGCCUCUUUAAUUCAGGGGCUCGCUUACCGACGGGAUAACACCCUGCUGUGUCCGUGUAAACAUUCCGAUCUCGUUUUUUUCUGUUGUCUCCCCUCCAGAUUUGGCUGCAGGAAGCAUCUCGUUUAUUAAUCAAAUUCCCACUGGUUCUCAUUUAAAGGGGGAUGGUAGAUGCCCCUCGCCACUUUCCUUCCCUGCUCGGGAGCGAUGCGUAGAGGGAUACCACCCCUUCACCCUAAGACCGUGAUGGCGAACCUUACGGCACGCGUGCCCAAAGUGGCACACGAAGCCAUGUCGCCCAUCACGCGCGGCCUUGCCUGUUCAUCUUCCGGGUUUCCGGCGCGCCACUAUCAGCUGUCCUUCGCGCGAGUGGCAGUGCCAAAAAUCAGUCUGCACACGGCGCCAUCCAGCUGAUUGUUGGGUGCGCAUGUGUGCCAGAAGCCGGAAGUUUGGCUUUUUCCGGAGCGCGGCCCCGACGAGCGGACGCGCGCGAUGUUUCCGCGUGCCGAAAAGGGUUCGCCAUCACUGCCCUAAGACCACCGCCUCCGAUGCCCGCCAAUCUCAGCCUGUUUCUCUUGACAGUCUUCCCAGCCGCGAUGCUUUGCACCCCCUUCUUAGCAAGAUAAAACAACAACUUUCCCGUCUCCACCCGCGUUGCUUGCACGUCCAUUCAGUAAAAAAAUCAUCAUCAUCAAUAGCUAAGGAUUUAAGCCAAAAAGGGGUAGAACACUGUAGAACGAUCCAAUUUCUUCUCUCCGUAUUCUGGCCUCCUCUCACUGCAAAUGCUUUUUCUCUUCGUUCUGCUGGUUGUUACGGACGGAGAACACCUUCCAAAACGGCGUAUUUAUAUUAAAAUGCCAUUUCUCUGUUCCUAAUGUGUCCUUGGGGGUGUGGGUGGAGGGGGGCUGAUGGAGGGGAGAGAACCCCCCCUUUUUUGGGGGGGGACUAUUGCAAACGGAGGGAGCCUGCCUCCCAUUUCAAAUUUUUGCUUUGUGGCUCAAAAAAUGCUAUUUGGCAAAAGCAAAAAGCGGGAAGGAAGCCCACCCAACCUAAGCCCCUCGCUCUUAAUUGCAAAGCCCGUAAGGAGGACAGUACAGUCAUUUUUCAGUUUAUUUUUACUUUUUUCCCCCCACUUCCCAGGAUUUCAAAACGGGCAGGGCCCCGGUAAUUUAUAUCACCUAAUAAUCUUGCGUGCGUGUUUUUGCGUGUUUGCGGGCACACGGGGCGGGGGGGUGUCUGUGUGCGGAGAAGAGGUUAAACGCUUACGUUGGGAGUAGAACGGUGUUGAAACGAAAGGAAGAGAAUUGUGCUUUGUAUUUAAUUAUGUUGCUCUAGAAAUAAAACAAGAGGAAUAUUC